AUGCAAGACCAGGGCGUUUUUCAGGAGGCAGCUCUCGUCAGCGAUGCCAAACUUCUAGAGGUGCUCAGCCAACAGGAUCAUCAUGACAUCGUUGCGGACAGUCUUCAGCGAAUGCGGCUGUCUGAUUUGCCAUGGCUUUCAACAGCAUCUCUCUUGCGGAUGGUAGGCAACUUGAAGGAGCUACGUGAGCUCAGCCUCCGUGGCACGCGAGCAGAUGAUGCCUCCGUGGCGAGCAUUAUUGGAGGCUGUGGUAAGCUGGAGCAGUUGGACGUCAGCUGCUGCAUGCUCACCGACAUUUCGUGUGUAGCGCAGCUUUUGGAUUUGCGAGAGCUCAGGGCUUCGCACUGCCCUGGGGUCACAGAGGAGUUUGUCAGAUGUCUCUUUGCAGCUUCGCAGGUGGUCGACCUUUCCUAUUCCACGGGAACCAGCGACCAGGUGUGCCUUGGACCAGACGAUCUGCGGAAGGGUCCGAGGAAGGAAGCUCUCAGCUACAAGCGUGUUGGCAACAAACUUCGGGGCGAGACCGAAAGGUUCGAAGUGAUACACCACGUGGUCCUGUGGAGGAGUUCUGCAUCUGUGAUGGCCACCGACCCUUCUUCUGUCAAGCCUGCUGCGUCAACCAUGAAGGAUGCCAUGCGUGCGGCCUUGGUCCGCGACAAUAUGAAGCAACUGAUUGCGGUUUGCCGAUCUUCAAAUGUUCCCCUUCCUCCGGAGUUCGAAGUUCGGUGCAUGUCCUUUAUGAUGGCAAUUGCAGAUAUAGGCGUUCAGUCCACAUUCCCUAGAGAGCGAGUGCUGGAGUCCACGAUGUUUGUGCAUUGGGUGUUCUACUUGGGAGGUCUUUCCGGAAGUUUGCAUCAUCAAUUCCUCGCGCUGGCAGUCUACGCCGACGGCGACCAGAGUGGCCGCGGACCUCGCCCGGAAGCCACACGUGUUGAUGCUGACAAUGAGUGUUCCGACUUCCUGAUAGCAGUGCAGCAUGUGCUUGCAGAGCAUGACAGGGGUGCAUUCAUCGAGAAGAAGUUCCAGCUCAUCAGGCAUAAUCUCAAGCACCUCCGCCAGCUUCCCUUCUACCAGUGUGUCCACUUGCAUUGCGUAGGAGUGGGGAGCGCCCGUUCGCCGUUCGCGUUGCUUUGGGGGACGUGUUUGUCCCUGGCAAACCUCUUUCUGCCGAUGUUGGGCGCAGCCACUUUUCCCAUUUUCCCGCAGGCAGCCCGGGGCGCUCACGUUGCCUUCCGCUUCCUCCACUGGUUGCCCACGUCUGCUUUAGCAGAUCGAAUGCAUGAACUUCGAGGCAAGCGCUUGGCCUGCGAUUGCCAACCCAAUGAGCUCUGCCAUGAAACGUCUUGGUGGGAGCCUUCUGCAUGCAGCAGCGUUCCCGCAGCACUUCGCGCGCUACCAGCAGUCAGGGCAGUCGAGCCCGUCGUGUUUUAUUUGCAGCAGCCGCUGGUGGCCCGGGCUGUGCAACGCCCAGAUGUGGCAGCCGUCAAUCCUUGCGUGCGCGUCGCCCUUCUUGCGGUGCUCAUCAUGCUAGCCGUUGCCCUUGAGUCGGGGGACAAGGAUGAAUCGAAUGAAGAGCUAGGUUCGGCCGGUGUCGUGGAAUGUUAUUUGAUCUUUAUCUCGCGGUUUCGGCGUUCAAUCGGACCUGACGCAGCAGGAUUGGUCCGAGCUGUCCAGUCGGUUUGCUUCAUGACCUUUCUGGUACCUGGUAUCUGGUCCACGGCCCUUAUUAAGGUUUGGGUGCGGCAAUGCUUGGUGGACAAAAUCCACGACAUCAUGAGCGCUGCGCGGACCACUGGCUCCUUCCGCCCCGAGCAGCCUUCCAAGCUUUUUGGUUGCCUUACCUUUCUGGAUCAGGGUGCUUUCGGACGCGUUGCUAGGUCCGGCCUGAACGCUAUUAAGGACCGUCAGUGUACCACUGGUGAUGUUUCUAUCUCUGACGAGCUCCAGCGUGCCUUCGACACCUCGUUAACCAUACUCCAGCUACGCCCUGAGCGCUUGGUCGCGGUUCUGGUUGCAAGCGAUGCAGCCCAGGGCGGUGUCCGUGUUGGUUCCGGAGCGUUUAUCCUGCUCACGCCCCGCAGGCAGCGACUGGGGUCAGUGGUGGUCAUCGAUGAUUCCGUGUUCGAUUUAUGGGACAAUCAGGACACCAAGAUUGCGCAGCUGGAGCUUCUGAUGGUCUUUCAGUCCCUCAUUACAUUCCCAGCAGCCUUCCGCAGCACAACAAGAGUGUAUUUCAUUGAUAAGAUUGCAGCUCUGAUGGCCCUGGUCAACCGCCCCCAGCUGAGCAGACAAUUGCCCUUCGCCAUUGCGAAGCAGUGUGAGUAUUUGGAGGAUCUGAGCCUUGCAUCCUGCCCGAUGCUGCGGGAUGACCACGUCCGCCGCAUAUUGCUUAGUUGUCAGCGGUUGCAGCGCCUGGACCUCUCAGGUUGCAAGAUCCUUUCUGUGACGCCCUUCCUAGAGGUUGUACCUCAUGCGCACUCCCUACGACGUCUCAAUCUGUCGCACAUACCAGCAAUCACGGACCAGGCUGUGGCAGCCAUCUACAGAGCCUCUAUGGGUGAUGGCGGAUUCGAUGCCGCUGCGAUAGCCGCAAACCUCCGCGCAGCUGCAGCUGCAGCUGAAGCAGAGGAAGAAGAAGAGGAUGAGGGUAGCGAAGCCAGAAGCCAAGUCAAACACUUGCAGUGCCAAAGCUUUGCCUUCAAAUACCCCAAUCGCGAUUAG